GUCGAGUUAAGUUACAGCAGACACCGGCAAGACAUAGAAUAUGAGUGAAUGGGGAAAAAGUACAUCGACCUAUGCCUGUUGAGUAAGAUUCUUGCUACCUGAACAAGCCCACUAGAAGUGUUGAUUUUCACGAUUAUUUGUUCAUCCCCGAGGUAACCCAUCUCAGAUUUUCCUACAAAGUUUCCAUUUCCCUUGUAUGCUUGUGCUGAUAGCUCCGUCAAGAUUCAACUUUUUGUUGACUUCAUCCCGUUCUUCACUGAGAGUUAAUUGACGGGAUCUAUAGAGUAAAAGGCAUUCACCGCAUUUCCCAUUUUUUGGUGCAGUCUUUCUAAAAUUAGGGAUUGCAUAUGAUGUUUGAUAACAUCCAAUAUUCAGUUAUUCGGGUUUUAGGUAUUUGCUUGGAUGAGAUUCCGUCUUCGUUUGGUUCUGAUGCUAUCUACAUAGUCAUGGAUGUUCAAUUGGAUGGGGCCUAGGAAAGAUUCAAUUUUGGCUAUUCAAGUCAGCAGAUGAUAUUGGGAUAGUGGGGGUGUUGGUACCAUGGUUGAAGUGGGGCAAUCUUCUGAAUCAGGGUUUAGAUUGCCAUAUUCUCGACUGGUUAGAAAUGGAGCUCUUCGGGAGGAGGAUAGUUUUCAGAGGCAAGCGACCAAUUUUGGGGGCAGUGGGUCAAGAAAUACUAGCCCACUGGGUCGAAUUGGGUCAAGGAACACAAGUCCUUCGAGGCAAAAAGUGAUUAAGACCAAACCAAGGGGAUUAGAUGAAGAGACGGUUGCCACUUUUAACAAGGCUGUUCAGCCGGAUGUUCAGAUGGAAGACAACAUAUGGGCAAUGCUACCUGAAGAUUUGUUGAAUGAAAUCUUGGCUAGGGUACCGCCUUUCAUGAUAUUUAGACUUCGAUCUGUUUGUAGAAGAUGGAAUUCUAUUUUGCAAGAUAAUAGCUUUUUGAAGUUUCAUUCGCAAGUGCCCUCUCAUGGACCUUGCCUUCUGACUUUCUGGAGGAAUCCGCAGACACCUCAAUGUUCAGUGUUUAGUUUGCCAUUAAAACAAUGGUUUAGGAUCCCAUUUACCUUUUUACCGCUGUGGGCAUUCUGGUUGGUUGGUUCCUCCGGCGGUCUUCUCUGUUUCUCGGGCGUAGAUGGGCUGACUUUCAAGACUUUGGUUUGUAAUCCUCUUACCCAAAGUUGGAGGAUAUUGCCUAGCAUGCAUUACAAUCAACAAAGGCAGUUGAUUAUGGUCGUUGAUCGGAUGGAUCGAUCAUUUAAAGUCAUUGCAACUAGUGACAUAUAUGGUGAUAAGUCUUUGCCAACAGAAGUAUAUGAUUCAAAGCUCAGCAAGUGGUCACUUCAUCAAACAAUGCCUGCUGUGAAUCUCUGCUCUUCGAAGAUGGCAUUUUGCGACUCAAGGUUGUAUUUGGAAACUCUUUCACCACUUGGUCUGAUGAUGUAUCGAUUGGAUACAGGGCAAUGGGAACACAUACCAGCAAAGUUUCCUCGGUCAUUGCUGGAUGGAUAUCUUGUUGCGGGUACUCAGAAACGCUUGUUUCUUGUGGGGAGAAUAGGCCUUUACAGCAAUCUUCAGAGUAUGAAGAUCUGGGAAUUGGAUCAUACAAAAAUUCUUUGGGUUGAGAUAAGUAGGAUGCCACCUAGGUACUUCCGAGCUCUUUUGAGAUUAUCGGCUGAAAGAUUUGAAUGCUUUGGACAGGAUAAUUUAAUUUGCUUUACAUCUUGGACCCAAGGUAAGAGCCUUCUUUAUGAUGUGGAUAAGAAGGCUUGGUCUUGGAUUGCUGGCUGUGCUUUUCAAUCAUACAACAGCCAGGUCUGCUUCUAUGAGCCAAGAUUUGAUGCAUCGGUCUGUUAAUUUGGUACCAUGUUUUUAAAUUAAUACGUUGAAGCCUGUCUUUAGUAGUACAUCUUUCUAAGCAAUAGUCCAUUUUGAUUAGUGCUGCGGCUUUGGAGGUUGUCGCUUCAUCCUUUAAUGUUGGAGCAGUACAGGCAUGAAGUACCAUCAGAGGUGCACCUAGAAUGGUCAAAUCUGGAGCCUAACGGUGAUGAAGAAAUUUUGUUGUUAAACUUGUGUAUAAAAGACAAUGCGGUCCCACAUUUUAGGCAGCCUUUCUGAAUGCAAGAAGCUAAUUCUCCAUUUGCCAUGCAACCAUGAUGAGCCAUUUAUAUGGUUAUGUGGUUACUUUGUUAAUAUCUUUUAGUUUUCCAUGUCAAUAAUCUGUUUAGAUUGUUGCAUGAUUAAAAUUUCUGCUUCAUUUUUUGAGA